CCAGCGUGGGAAUGAAGUCACUCCGAGGUGGAGGCUUUUUACGGAGCUAGCUCCUUGCACUGUUUCAUGCAGCCGUGCAACUUCGCUCACAACAACCUUUGUGUCUUCACAACGAGUCGCAAACAACGAGCUUCUUUUGAAAAGACAUAUCUUGCUUUGUGGUAAGCCUGCUAUGGCCUGUCUAAAAACCUUCAGGCAGCAAUCCUACCCGAGGGAAGCGUGCGCUCAAGCUCACCGGCCUGGCGCAGGUUCUUCCAAGGAACUUCAGUCCAACUUUGUAGCCAUGCCUGCAAGGCCACAAGCUGACUGCUCAUUGGCAUAAAUAGACGACAAGCAGCAUUUUUAAGUCUCGAGGAGAGGUCUGCACUUACCAAUGGCGGGAGUACGAAGCUUUCCGCAAAGUAAAGACGAAUUCCAGACAGAUGAUCGAAUAUCAUACUACGAAGAAGACGACAAGUGGAUCCUAGAGGAUGAAGAUGGUGUAGAAUGGGAGUGGGUAGAGUCGACCGGCAAAUGGGCUCCAGUGCUCGACGACAAAGUCAUCGCACAACACCAGCAGGCAUAUGCUCACACGAGCACGAAUGACACAGAAACAGCCGAAGAACAGUUUAAGCAAAAAAAGCGCAAGUUGCUCGAAAAGGCGAAGCAGGAAUCCAACAAAAAACCGAGAGCUGAGAAGCAGAACUCAGCCGUUUAUGUCACAUCACUCCCACUCGAUGUCACAGUAGAUGAAGUUUACGAGGUAUUCUCCAAGUACGGCAUAAUUGCAGAGGAGAUCGACAGUAAUAAGCCUCGCAUCAAACUCUACACAGACGAGGAAGGCAAGCCCAAAGGGGAUGCAUUGAUUGUAUACUUCAGACCCGAAUCGGUACAACUAGCUAUACAAAUGCUUGACGAAACGGACUUUCGGUGGGGAGUCAAAGGCCCUGAUGGUCCGAUGCGCGUCAGAGUCGCGGACACAUCGUACAAGCGUACGCAGAAUGGUAACAAUGGGGACGAUCAGUCAACCUCAAAACGAGGCAAGCCAGGCGACAAGCAGAAGAUUAUUGAGAAGACGCAGAAGCUCAAUCAGCGACUGGCGGAUUGGAGUGACGAUGAGGAUGGCACUGCUUUGCUCGAUAAAGAGGUCAAGAAAGACGCCAAAAGGCAUUCAAAGUGGGACAAAGUUGUGGUGCUCAAGCAUAUGUUUACUCCUGAAGGUCUGGCUAAGGAGAUGGAGGAAGAUCCGACCGUCAAAGAAGAUCUUCUAGAGGACGUCAAAGAGCAAUGCGAGCAGUCCGGUGACGUGCUGGACAUGUUCUUAUUCGAUCUUGAGGCCGACGGUGUCAUUACCGUUCGUUUCGCAGAUGCAGACGCCGCACAGAAUUGUGUGCAGCGACUGAACGGCAGGAUGUUUGACGGACGCACAGUGGAAGCGUAUAUAUCAAAGGGUGAGCGCUUCAAGAAGUCAAAGCUCUCAGAUAUCGACGAGGAGGCUGAGAGAAAACGCUUGGAAGCGUUUGGCGAGCUCCUUGAGAAAAUGCCAGAUGCGUGAUGUGAGUCCGAUGAUUUAGUAGAAUGGCGUAGCUCAAAGGGAACAAUGUUGGGGGGGGGGG